AUGCGAAGAGGAGAGCGAGCUCUCGGCGACUCCUGUUUUGGCGAUGCUGAUUGUGUGACGAACGCAGACCCGAAUUCGGAAUGCGUGGUUGACCAUGAGUCACCAAAGAACCACACCUGCCAGUGCAAGAAGGGUUUCGUGGAGGAUGCACUCAGAUGCAGGAAGGUGAAUGCAACACUCCAUGAGUAUUGUGAACCAGGGAAUGGGGCAUGCCAAGAUCCCAAUGCUGAAUGUGUUGACCAGCAAGGCUGGGUAACAUGCGAGUGCAAGCAAGAAUUCGUGGAUGAUGGAGGCAUUUGCCGGGUGCAAGCUGGAGAGAACUGCACACAAAAUGAAGAUUGCGUUUCUAAUUCCACGUGCCACCCGAUUACACACACGUGCAGUUGCAAGGAGAGCUUCGUGGCAGACACUACUGGCUUGUGCAAAUUGAGAAUUGGAUUCCCAUGCAAAGAAACGGAAGAUUGCUUCAGCAACGCCUUAUGCACAGGAAAUGCUGAAGCCCUUACAUGCCAGUGCAAAUCCGAAUUCGUGCUACAAGAUCAACGUUGUAAGGUACCAGCUGGAGAUACUUGUUCGACAAUGGACAUUUGCGUGAACAACGCGUUCUGCAACGGAUCAACAGGGAAUCAAACGUGCAGCUGCAAGCCUGCUUUCGUUUCAGAAGAAGGAAUUUGCAGGAUGGCGAAUGCAGAACUCAAUAAAGAGUGUUACCCUGGGGACAGCGCUUGUAGAGAUCCCAACGCCAAAUGCGUUGGCGAUGAAGGCUCACGAACCUGCGAGUGCAAUUCAGGGUUUGUGGCAGAGAAAGGCAUAUGCAAGGUAGAAGCUGGUGGAAUGUGUAUGACAACAGAUAUAUGCGUGCUGAAUUCCGUCUGCUGGGGAACACCUGGAAAUGGCCAAUGCGAAUGCUUCAAUGGAUACUUGGCUGAAGAAGGACUGUGCAAGACGAAAGCAGGGGAGUACUGUAUAGACAAAACUGAUUGCACGAGCCACGCCAGCUGCAAAGGUGAAACAGGACUUCAAAGUUGCCAAUGCGACGAAGGCUACGAAGCUGAUUCAUCCACUGGACGAUGCAGUGAGUCUUCCUCCUUGACGCUUUCAAGCUUAUCCAUGUGGCUAUCCAUCCGGCAAGACGUCGACAUUAUCGUUCCAUAG